AUGGCCUCCUUCUCCUCCGCCACCAGAGUUACGACAUUCACCUCAACUACUGAUUACUGCUCUCGUAAGGCCCACAGAGCCUUACAACAUGUGGGCCCUGUUCAGAACAUUUCCGCCCUUUUCAGGACUCUAAGCACCACUGGCAUCGCCAUCACUCCACGUUCUUCAUCCUCUCUUCUGGCUGCUGCAAUGACCACUGAGGCUUCUGCAAAGGUUAUUGAUGGAAAAUCAGUUGCCAAAGAAAUUAGAGAUGAAAUAGAUUUUGAAAUAUCAAGGAUGAAGGACUCUAUAGGUGUUGUUCCUGGAUUGGCAGUCAUUCUUGUUGGGGAUAGGAAGGAUUCUGCAACUUAUGUUCGCAACAAGAAGAAAUCAUGUGAAUCUGUUGGGAUCAAUUCAUAUGAAGUGCGUUUGUCUGAAGAUUCCUCUGAACAACAUGUGCUUGAGCAUAUCUCACGCUUCAAUGAUGAUCCGUCCGUACAUGGCAUCCUCGUCCAGUUACCUCUACCUCCUCAUAUGAAUGAACAGAAUGUCUUGAAUGCUGUUUGUAUUGAAAAAGAUGUUGAUGGAUUCCACCCACUGAAUAUUGGUCGUCUGGCCAUGAGAGAUAGAGAACCAUUAUUUGUUCCAUGUACACCAAAAGGAUGCAUAGAGUUGUUGCACAGAUACGGUGUUGAUAUCAAGGGAAAGAGGGCUGUCGUUAUUGGAAGGAGUAAUAUUGUUGGAAUGCCUGCUGCCCUGCUGUUGCAAAGGGAAGAUGCUACAGUCAGUAUUGUCCAUUCAAGAACAAAGAAUCCCGAGACGAUCACGAGAGAAGCAGAUAUAAUUAUUUCAGCAGUGGGCCAGCCAAACAUGGUGAAGGGUAGCUGGAUUAAGCCCGGCUCUGUAGUUAUUGAUGUUGGUAUUAAUCCUGUCGAGGAUGCUAAAAGCCCUCGAGGCUAUCGACUAGUUGGAGAUGUUUGUUAUGCGGAGGCAAGCAAGAUUGCUUCAGCCAUCACCCCUGUUCCCGGAGGAGUGGGGCCCAUGACAAUAGCCAUGCUUCUUUCAAAUACUCUGAUCUCAGCAAAGAGGGUUAACAAUUUCAUGUAG